GGAGACCACAGAACCUUGUCAGGAUCUUAAGUGUCCAUUUCAGGAACUGGACUACAGUUCAGACUAUCAGCUGUCCCUAGCCAUCAUGAACUCAUUCAGUUAGUUUAGAGUUAGAUUUAGUCAGUUUGCUCCAAUUAAACUGCAAGACAUUAUAAAUGGUAACAACUGGAAACUUUUUCGACGAAUACUACAUCAUCACUGUUUUUCUUGGAAUUUUAAAAUUGUUUGUUUUGUUUUAUUUUAUUUGUGGGAGCUUUGUGAUAUUCAUUUUAAAGACGCCUUAUCAGAAGACAUGGAUCUGUCUGUGGUUUUAGUGCUCUGUUCCACUGUGGCAUUGACCGUGGGAUCUGCUUUUGGCAGGGAAAUGAUGGCAUCAACAAAUGAUGAGGGAAAAGAGUAUGACAGUGCAUUUGAAUAUGAUUAUGAAUCCCUGCGAAUUGGAGGACUGAUCUUUGCCCUGGUUCUCUUUCUUUUGGGAAUUAUUCUGAUCCUCAGCAAAAAAUGCCGGUGUGCAUCCAAGAAACAAAGGAAUGGGAAUGACGCAUGAGCAGGAAGCAUAAAAAGCUUUCCUGCAGAGUCAGAGUUUUUCACUAGACUGCAGUCUCAGAGGGUUGAAGUGGAGUGAUUUCCCUUUCUAAGCAACAUUAAUUUAGAAUGCAAGAUACUUCUGUAAUUUCCUACCUUAUGUUGUCUGAGUUUUCAAAAGUAUAAAAGUUUUGAGAAAGAUUUGAUUUUUGGGGGGGAGGCAAAUUUAAAGAAAUUCAUAAUGGGAGCUGCAAUAAAAUACUUUGGAUGCUCCUUUUGUAUAAACUACUUUGUUGUUUUUUGUUGUUUUUAUUUUAAUUUUCUUACUUUGGUCAUUUUUUUGUUAUUCAUGGGUAUUGGUUAUAUGGAUGUAUCAGUUGCUCAUUUAUUUCAGAUGAGUUCUCCAGUAGUCAGGCAACAUUUGAGCCAGAGAGCAAUUCAUCAAUUUGGUUUCCUAAUCUCUAGGAAUUGUAUAAUUAUAAUAGAAUUCCCUGCUUUGUGAAAUAAUUUAUCCUGGGUUAAUAUAACCAGGAAAAAUGAGGCUUCAAAUCUUUAAAAACCACAGUAUGUGUGAUGAUCUUGAAGUACAAAUCACUGCUUGACUUAAUGGGAAUAGGGAUGCAAUGAGAAGUAACCAAUUUGGAUUAGAAGGUAUUGGGAAAUGCACAAUACUCCCGUCAGUAUGUCAGAUCACUAUAACCAUACCAGUCAUUUGCUGAAAGCCUCAUUUUUCUAUUUAAUUUGAAGUGUCAGCAAUGUAUACAUUCAUGAUAUUUAUUUUUAUUCAAGCCAAAUGACUUGGCUCUUCACAUUACUUUGCAUGUUACUCAAAUCGAGUAUGUUGUCAUCUUACCUUAAUUAAGUUGCUCAUCAAUCCACAUUCACCAUACUGUUUUACACUAAAAUAUAAAUUUACCAUACUGUUAACCAAAAUAAAAUUCAUUAUUAUUUUUAAAAUAUUAGGAAUAGAAUUUACUGUUUUGAUCUAAUAACGACAGGGCAAACAUAUACACUUUUACAUGUUCAAAAUGCGUUCUGUUUUCAUGUAUAUUGCCUAAGAAAUCCAGUUUCUUAUCAGAUUUUUGCUUAUAACUUGCUAUCCAUCCCGUCCGCUUAAAAAGACCUAUGAUACACAGGGAUAAUUUAAAACAAACAUUUAGUAUUUCAGUUCUGUUAAAAUUGCUGAUAACGCUAUAUUUUUUCUUAAAACUGCAAUGUAAAAAAGGUGAUAGAUAAACAUUUUCCAUCCAUGCUUUUUCCGAACGCUUAUCCACUGGAGGUUCGCUGGACAAUACGAAUGCCUAUAGGUACAUUACAUGAAAAAAUAAUUUAUAUUCACCAUUUAACUUUCAACAUUUGUUUCUGUUACAUUUUCUCAGUACUUCAAACAGAGUGUGAAUAACAUAUUUCAACAUGGCAAUGUAACUGGCUAAGUAAGACAGAAUAACGAAGUAUCCAGUAAUUAACGCAAUCCUAGAAUGUAUUAAAGAAAACGCCCAAAAUGAAAUUGUUACUGUCCAUGCAUCAUUACACCACUGACUGAGAAUACUUAGUAAAACUGAUUAGUCAUCUUUCUUCCAUGAAUGCAGCGCCUCCGAACAGCUUUGCUACCAUGGAUACAACUCGCUUCUUGUACCGCAUUGGCGAAAACAGGGGAUAAAACCUUGAUGGAAACCUGUUGUUUCCAGGUUCCUCUUUAAGCAUGUACGCACCGAGACACAAACGGAGGAAAUUCCCUCCGCAUUGCCUGCAUGCGCAUCGCUUGCUGCAUCUCAGGGGAAGACCUUUUCCCACUGCUAGCGUCAGCAUUCCUCAGGUAAUGGAACUGCAGAUUGCAGAUCUUUAGAGCCCUCCCCGCCCCUUACCCCAUCUAAUACGCUGCAACCUCGAACUGCAGUUUUUCUGUAUUCUGUAAGUCUGGUACCGGCUCUACGUGAAUUCCCUAUUCGCAUCCCUGCAGCGCGAUCAGGCGGCAACUCCAUACACUGCAGACAUGUCAACUGAAAAAGGUUUGUCGAUUUGUUUAGGAUGCUUUUUUCUUUUUACGUGGGAUAUUCUUAAACUUUAGCAUUUUCUGUACAUUUUGUUGCUAUUGAUUAUUGCUUUUGUGUAAAUAGUAAAGCUCUGUAAAGGUGCAUUAAGAAUAAAAGAACUUGCAUAUUCCAUUAACAUUGACACAUAUAAAGUUUUAAAGUCUGGCAUUAUGCUGUCAAACUCACUUUACAAUUGUAUUUCAGGUGACUAAAAAUAACUAAUGGAAUGUAAUGAUUAUAAUGCUAUCGCUGGAUUCGUGUAACUAGGCUAUAUAUACGGAAGAUUUUUUUAUCUGGCUGUUUAUUUUAUUGUGCUAAUUCAAUUCAGAAUGGGUACAAUCAUUUUCUUUCUAAUUUUAAUGAAUGUACAUAAGAACUUGUCGAGGGUGUGUUUGAAUGGGGGAGGGCGAGGAAGUGCACAAUGCUAAGUAAGCCAUAAUGAAACAUAUGGGUUCUGCAACAUAAAGCCGCAUUACCAGCGAACUUAAUAUGUAAAAAAAGAAGAAGAAAAAAAGAAAACUUAACAGAAUAUUUUUUUGUUUUAACAAUAACGACACUUUGAUUAUUAUUAUUAUUAUUUAAUAAUGAAACAGCUUUUGAAUAUUUGAUAGAUAGUCCGAGAGCCAGCCAAUGCUAGGCGACCAGCCAGUUUCACUUUGCCUCGCACAGAGGGGGCACCACAUUGGUUCGGUUGCGAAGUUAUAAUCCUAAACCUCAAUGCUUUUCCUAUGCGAACAGUCAUAUAUAGGCCUACACAUCAGUACAUACAUUCAGCAAGACAGUACUGGGUAAUCCUCGUAGACUUUUUUCCUGCUGAGUGCAGGUCAUGCAUUAGUCAGUUCUUCAGUCACUAUAAUUGAAUUGCUAAGAGAAUCCAUCAGCCAAGUCUGUAAAAAUAUUGCUUUCAGAAGUCUUUUUCUCAUUUUAAAUGAGUCUCCUUAAGUGGCAUUUAGGUGUAAUCACUUUUAAGGCUAUUACAUGAGGGUUUGCUUAUGCAUACAUUGAAGCUAUAAUCAAAAUAAAAUGUAUUUGGAACUAUA